AUGAUCUUCAGUUGCGGCAUUAGCGGCAGUUCACCAGGACGAAAGCUAAUUGUCUCUGAUAGUCUACCAUCAGAGGACUCUGCAAAUCGCAGUCUAUCAUCACAAACCUACCGAUCGUCAUCAGCCGCAUCAACUAGUUCACCUUCACCAAGCCGUUCCGAUUCACCGGCUGUACGUGUCGAGGAUAUCACUACUGGGAAGUGGACUCGUAUAUCAAGUCGAGUAUCCGUUCGUCCCCUUACACCGUCUGAAGCCGAAUACGUUUUUGAACGACAACGAAGACGAAAACGUGAAUCUCGAAAAGGACGAUCGAGGAUGGAGGACCACGACGAGACAAGAAGCAGUAUCGAUGGCGGGGGAACAAUAAAUAUCCCUUCGAGCGAUAGCGCUAAAGAGUUAAUUCCCGAAAGUCCGGGCUCGCGUUCGAAUUAUGGCGAAUUUUACUGGGAUGAGUUCUCCAGGGACACAUCGGGCGAGAACAACUACCAUAACACAUCGUCGUUCGAAGACGACCUCCUCGAUUUCGAGCGUGGUGCCGUAGUGAAUCGCCUCGAUCGAACCCAGGAUGACCUCAACAAGUUCCGUCAGCGUAUCGAUAACAACGUCGAACAGCAGAAGGAGUACAGCGAAAUGAUGGCGGCAUUGCAGAGCAAGGUGCACGAAUACAGAAAACACAUCGCAGAACUGGAGGGUAAGAUGGUGAGCGCGAGACGACGACAGGCUGACGACGGUGGUUUUACAAUCCUCGAUUCCAACGUGUUCCAGGAUACCAGUAACAGCUUCCGUGACAUCGAAAUGUGGAGUCCUGCUCGUACACGUGGUGCCGCUACAAACAUCGUAGUGGCUGGUGAUCCAAAUGCGAACUACGAGAUGAUUGCCAGAUUGGACGAGGAACGCAGACGCGCUGAUGAGUAUCGUCUGCAAUGGGAAAACGAGAGAACUGCCAAGGAACGUCUGGAGGACGAAAACGAGAGACUACGUCGUGAAUUUGAUCGCUACGAUCGUGAGUAUCGCGAUAAAGAGAGAACUUUCGUCAACCGAGAACGAAACCUUGCGCAGUAUCUGAGCGAUGAACAAAAGAAGAUGAUGGACAUGUGGACAGAACUGCAGAGAGUUCGUAAACAGUUCGCUGAACUCAAGGAUCAAACGGAACGUGAUUUGGAUGCACAACGUAACGAAUUCAAUCGCGUGCUACGAAGUGUAUCUAAUAUCACACGCAAUAUUACCGUCGGAGGAGGAGUAGCAGGGGUAGAUCAAGCCGCGGCGGUCAGUGGCCCGUCUUUAGCGACUUUACUAACCGACCUCAUAAGUACACGAGAUAGCCACGCAACCACUUACGAUACUACCAUCAUUGAAGCUGUUAAAAGAUAUCGUGAUAGAGCCGCUGCCGGUGAUGCAGGUGCCGGAGACCGUGCACUACUGGAAGAACUAAAAGCCAUACGUGGUACUGGAGGAAGUGAAGGAGACGCCGAGUUGCAGAAGGAACUCAUGUUGAAAUAUGAGGAAUCCAUUGAGCGUAACAUCGAGCUCGAAUCUAAGGGUGAUGAAAGCCAGAGGAAGAUCGCCGAUUUGGAAGCGGAAUUGCGACGCACCAAGGAGAAACUCAAUGACAGUACAAAUGCGUUGCGAAAAAUGCACGAACUCAGCCAGGAUCAUGAACGUCUAACUGAUGGAAGUCAGAAACGUACACGUUCCCUGUCACCAGGCAAAUCGCCAUUGCCACCAUCUGAAGCUCUUCGAUCGGUUAGAAACGCACUACGUAACCGAGAUAAUGAUAUCCAACAGCUGGAGAGAAAACUUAAGAUUUCCGAGAGCCAGGUGAAAGAGUUCAUGAAUAAGUUCGAAACCGCUGACGAAACUCGACGACGACUUGACAAACAGCUUGCUGAUGCUAAACGAGAAAUUAGCAACCAGCAGAAGCAGAUCGAUGAGUUGGAGAGAAACCUUCGUCGCGUCGAGGACAAGUUGCGUGCUUCCGAAUCUGAACGCCAAGCGGCGGAUAAGGCGCGGAAAUUCCUCGAAGAGGAGCUCGCACGGCUUCAAGCUUCAUAUCAAAAGUCCACCACUGAGGACGUGCGAAAGAUUCGUGACGAGUUGGAUGAGCAGAACAUCAGCAUUGUUGAGGAUCAUAAGAAUAGGAUCAACGAGCUUAACAGACGCGUGGAAAACCUGCUCCGUGAAAAUAACAAGCUCAAAUCAGAAAUGGCUCCUCUCAAGGAUAAGUUCCGCGACAUGGAGAACGAAUACAACAACACGUUGCGUCGACUUGAUGAAAAAGAUUCCCAAAUUAAAUACAUCGAGGAGAUUCGCCGUAAUAUCCAACGUGAUCUUGAUGACCAACGUGGACGUAACGAUAUGUUGGCAACUGACCAUGACAAACUAACAAAUGAUCUCGAAAAUGCGCUCAAGACUGCCCAUCUAGCCGAACAACAACUCAAGGAACUCAAAGGACAACGUGAUGAUUACCAGAAACAAAAGGAUGAGCUGUCACGUCAGCUGUUCGACAUUCGUCAUAAGUUCGAGACCGAACGAAAGACCACCCAAGACCUUACCAAGAAUGAGAGCCGUUUCAAUGACGAAAUCGAGAAACUCAAGCAGACAAUCGAUGACUCCGAGAGACAAAUCAUGCUCCUGAGACGUCACAAUGAUGAGUUUGACACGACAAUCAAGAACCUACAAGGCAAGAUCACACAACUUGAGAACGAAGUCCGAUCCAGAACUAGUGAAGUUGAAAAACUCAACGAUCUCAAUCAGAAGCUGCAGAAGGAGAAACAGGAGAUCAUGAACCAAAAGCACAAGGCUGAUGCCGAUAUUCAAGCAUUGAAAGAAACGAUUCGCAAGUUGGAGCAAGAACUCGAAAAACUUCGCAAUGAGAACAAAGCCCUUGAAGUGAAGGAGGAACGUGCUCGUGACGCACACAAUCAACAACUCAACCGUGCUAACUUGUUAACCAAGGAACUUGAAGACUCUAAGCAUGAAAUCAAUGAGUUGAAUGAUAAGAUCAAGCGCCUCGAGGACGAGAUCCGUGAUUUGCGUGACAGAAUCAAGGGAGUCAAGGAUGUCACCAAGGCAAGAGGCCAAUUCAAACCGACUCGUGCCGGCGAAUCGGUCGAAGGUGAUGAAAUAACUAUUCCCGGCUCGACCGAUACCGAUCGUUCAACUACCAUUGAACGUACUACCGUUAUCGAUCGAUACCACGACGAUUUACUCUCCGACUUGCGUAUCAAAGAGAUCAAUGACAAAUGGAAGAUGCAACUUGAGAAACUCGAAAACGAGAAGGACGAUCUCGAACGUCGUAUCCGUGAGUUGGAGGAUGAGCUGGCUCAGAUUGGACGCGGUAAUGAACGUCAAGAGAACGACGUAUCUGAAUUGAAACGUAAACAUGCCGUUGAAAUUGACAAACUCCGUUCGGAGAUCAGCUCACUUCACGAUAAGCACCUCAGUGAUCUCGAUGACGAAAAAGAACAAUAUGCCAAGGCUGUCGAGAACCUCAAAGUUGUGGAGGAGGACCUUCGUGAAAAAGUUCGAAACUUGGAGAAGCAACUUGCAGAUGCUCUCAACAGAGAAAACGAUCUUGAACGUGAACUACGUGACAGUGAAACAAAGAUAGCCACGCUGGUCACUCAGAAUCAGAAAAUGCGCGACGAUGAAGUCCAAAAAUGGAAAACUGAUGCCUACCAAGUCCGGUCGGAGGCCAAAGCGCUUGAGACCACCAACACAGGUCUCAAAGCCCAGCUUCAAGCUGCCAACGAUCGUAUCGAACAUCUCAACAAGACCGUCAACGACAGUACAAACAAGAUUCGCGAUCUAACAUCACAAGUCAGACGUCUUGAGGAGGAGCUUACCGAUACCAAAUCCGUUCUCACGCAAAAAGAAUCCGAUCUCGAGAGCACUACUAAUCGCCUCCGCUCACUUGAAGAGCAAUAUGCUCAACUACAAAUUGAUGCCAACAAAUGGAGAAGUGAGCUGGACAAUGUCCAACGUGAGAACGAUGUCCUAAAGAGCGCUAACGCUAACUUGGAGUCGGAACUUGCCCGUCAUAAGAAUCGUCUGAAGACUGCUGAGGACACACUCAAAGAGCUUAAGAACAGUCUGAAUCACAUCAAGGCUGAGCGUGAACGUCUACAAAAUGCCUAUCGAGACAAAGCUAAACAAGCCGAUCACCUCCAACAACUUUCACAGCAGUUCGAUUCUAAACUACAGAAAUUGCGUCAGGAGCUGCAAACUACCUCCGACAAGCUGAUCACUGCCGAUACCGAGCGCACUGCUCUCCGUAAUGAGCUCAGUAAACUUCAACAAGAGCUCAAAUUUGGAGCUGAGCAAAUGCAGCGAAAGACUGAUGAAUAUCAAUCAACACUUGAUGACCUUGCAAAUGCACACCGAGUAUCUGAAGAUGGCCGACUGAAUGCUCUCCAAGAGCUCGAAAGUCGCAAAUACGAGAUCAGCGACCUGCAGUCACGAUUAGAAGGAACGGAACAGCGUCUAGUCACUCUACAACAAGACUUUAUCAAUGCAGACGCUGAACGAGAUGCACUGGCAGACGCCAUGCGAAGAUUCCAGAACUCUGCCAACCGUGUGAUCAACAUCAGCCGUUAUACGAUUGAUGGAGGAGAUCAUAUUGAUGCUGGACGAGAUGUUGAGAUCCCACGAGGUUCUGGUGCACCACUGGAUGAAGUGCAAUAUCCACGAUCUGUACCGUUCCCAGUCGGCAUCGACUACACUGGUACACACACAGGCGCAGGCGGUCGAGUAGCUACCACAUUGAAUGGCACUACUACUGUAAACAUCAACGACACCGUCAACGUUACUCAGCUCGAAGACACACUUCAGCAGCUCGUUGGAAGAAUCGAUAAGCUAGAGUUGGAACGAAAUGAGCUUCGAGACGCAUUGAAUCGUCUGCGCAAAAAGACGAGUGAAUCGCACACGACAAUCAACAAGCAUGAGACCAGAUAUAAGACGAUUGAGGACAAUUUGAACGACAUUGAAGAAGAUAAGCGAGCUUUGGAAGCCCGAUUGGCGUCUGCAAAGCAGCUUCUUCGCUCCCAGGAAGAAGCGCUUAAACAGCGCGAUGAGGAGCGUCGACAGAUGAAGUCGAAAAUGGUGGCCGCCGAGUUGCAAGCUCGAGGCAAAGAGGCUCAACUCAGACACCUCAACGAACAACUCAAGAAUCUGCGUACUGAUCUGGAAAAUGCUCAUGCCGACAUUCGUGCACUGCGAGAUAGAGAGGAGAGUUGGGAUGCAAGUCGAUUCCAACUGGAGAGCAAGAUGAGAGAACAGGACAGUCACACCCAGAAACUGCAGCUGCAGAUUUCUUCGUUUGAAAGCGAAAGACAGAGUCUCAUGGAAAAAGUGAAAGAGCUUGAUGGUGCUCUACGUCUAAGCGAGACUAAGGUUCAAGAUAUGCGAGAUGAUGCCGAAAAAUUGAAAAGAGAUCUGGCGAAAGCUGAAUCAUAUGAGAUCGAGCUGCGUAAGCAUACGGAGCUACAGAGCAAGUCUGGCAAUGAAUUGCAAAUGUUAAAAGAGCAAUUAUUGAAUGCCCAAAAUGAUCUGAGCACAACAAACACGCGUAAGACACAGCUCGAAUCCGAACUUCUCAAUCUGCGCUCCGAACUACGUGACUAUAAACAACGUGUACACGAUGUCAAUAAUCGAGCAUCAGAGCUACAACGUCAACUGCAAGAUUCCAACUCGGAAAAGAACCGUCUAGAGGACCGAAUUCUGACAAUGGAGAAGAAUCUCAAUCAACAACGCAGCACUGAAAAUGAACUGCGACAACAAUUGGAUACUGCCAAGAAUGACAAGAGAGCCGUGACAAAGGAACUGGAAGAAAUGAAACGCCGCGUAGCACAGCUUGAAAAUGACCGGCGAGCUAACUCCCAACUCCUUGAAAACUGGAAGAAGGAGAAAUAUAUGCUUCAGAAGAAGAUCGAGAUGCUUGAAACCGAAAAACGUCGUACUGAGGCGGCGAUUCGUGAGACGGCAUUGCAGCGUGAGGCUAUUGAGAAAUCUCUCAACGCUAUGGAACGUGAAAAUAAAGAACUGUACAAGAACUGUGCCCAGCUGCAGCAACAGAUCGCCCAACUCGAAAUGGAAAAUGGCAACCGUAUCCUGGAACUGACAAACAAACAACGUGAAGAACAAGAACGACAACUUCAGCGAAUGCGUCAGGAGAAAGGCCAGAUCGAGAAGGUGAUCGAGAAUCGCGAACGAACCCACAGAAACCGUAUCAAGCAACUCGAAGACCAGAUUGCUAUCCUUCGUGAUCAACUCGAUGGAGAACGUAGACGACGCAGAGAUUUUGUUGAUCGUUCAUUGGUUAACGAUAUCGGACGUCUUGGAGGACAUGUACUCGGAAUCAGAAGCUAUGGUGACAGCGGCCUUGAUAAUAUACUACACGGUGGUAGCCGUUCUGUCGGAUUUAUUCCACGUUCGACAUUUGUAUCAAAUCCUCUUACACCACCACUUGGCACAUCAACACCUACACAUAACAGAACUCUAGUCGACUAUCGAGAUUCCACAACUUCAUACAGUCGCCGUGGCGCUGACGAUACUGGUUCGGUCUACGGCGGAUCGGUACGCGAUCGUGAUUCGGUCUAUGGUGGUGGGGUCGGAAGUGGCGGUCGUGACAGUGUGUACGGCGGACGCGACAGUUCAUUCGGACGCGAUUCCGUCCGUGAAAAGGAUCCUUCCGUCGUAGAUAUACCACUAAAUCGUGGUGGUAGCAGUGGUGGUGGUGGUACUGCUGGUGACAAUUCAGUGCCAUCAUCUAUGCACUCAUCCAUGCAUGGUUCUAGAUAUGAUACACUAGCACCUAAUCGAGAUGAUCUGUAA